GGACGUGACAGGCGAAAUCUUGGGUUCGAAUGAGUUUUUUGAACCUCGUGUAUCUCCUUCUUCUGCUUUGGCCGUCAAGCGACAAGUACAGCGUGGCCUUCCGCGCGACUCUCUCCCCAAUGAGUCUCCACGAAUGCGUGCGCACGAGGAUCAACUCUUUCAUUCCACUCGACACAGUAGUUCGUUCUCUAGUCUGCUAGGCCGUAAUAGCAGAGCCUCGGGGUCCAGUCAGACUUUGAGUCGAACAGCAGUCGAACAUGGUCUUGAGCAUUCACGUUCAAUAGUAGGACAGCUCAAAAGCGCAUUGAGGAAGGAGUCAUCAAUGGGUAGUACUACUAUGACGGGGUCUCCGCCCAACAUGGUUCAAGCUGGAAGUACUGGGAAGACACCAGCUACAUCGGUAUCUGAAGCUUUGGGAUCUGCAAUGGGACCAUUCCAGGAACAACUAUCUUUGUUCAGUUUAACUUACUCACAGUUUUUGAUCUUUGAAAGGCAUACCCAUAAGGUAGUUUACACUGGACCAGAAUGCCUGAGAUUUUUUGGUUUGCCAAUAGACUCAGAAGAGGAUGUAUUAGCUCCAGCCAUCUUACACCAUAACUUUCUUGACACUAUUUAUGGCGAGAAUGGAAAGAAAACUAAAGAAAUCAGACAGCAUGUUACGAAUGCGAUUACAAGUGGACAGCCGGUUUCGUGUGAUUGCUUUGUCAAAUGGGACCUCGGUGUCAAAGUACAACCGAACUCAGAUAGACAGACCUUUGCUCGAGUCACCAAAACUGCCCAUAUGAGCACAUACUCUUGUUCAAUUUACUUCGCGCCACUCUGGACAAAGAACGAUAAAUGUGUUGUUUACACCGCAGUUUUAAUGUGAUUGAUGCGAAUAAAAGAUAGGGGGUUCAUGUGGGUUACUGAUAUUGACGGAAGACCUGUUCCUUGGUGUUUCCACUCUGUUUUUUUCUGGGUUCAUAAAUCUUUGCAUUCAUUUACUUUUUACACUCGUUCUUUUUGUGUUUAACUUGCAACACUAUCUCUCACAUGUUUCAUUUUAUCGGAUGCAAAGUAUGACUAGUGAUCUUCAUCAAGUGUUUUCUCUUAAUAGAAUGUUGAAAGUAUCUUUGUAUUGACCCCAGAUUAACUGUGGAGAUCUAAGUUGUAAGAAGGAUUUAAGCAAGAAUGCCAUCGAUCUCGCAAUUCAAAUUUGGCUCAGAAU